GGAGGCGGAAGUGCUCUUCGGCUCACGGAAUCUGUCAACACGUGUGUUUGUGUAUGUGUUCAUUUUGAUGUGCUGAUCGCGUACCAUGGAUGCCUCCUCGUCUGAUGAACUUACCUCAGAUAGCGAAUUGGACGAAAUAUUUGAAUCAGCUUGGAAAAAGACGAGCGUGUCACUGACUCGAGACAAAAUAACAAAUAAAGCAGACUUGGAUCCAACUGUUGUAAGUAAUUCUGACCCAGAAUCCGAUUCGGAAGACCAAUUGCCUUUCGUUAUUGACAAGACCCCAGCACGGAAAGACGCAAGUACAUCAAAAGAAGAGGAAUGCAUUGUUUUGAAUACUGAAUCACAUAAUCGAAGUGAUAGUGAAUCAGGUGGAGAGAGCGAUGACGGGUCGUCCUUGUUCGUUAUAGAUAAGACACCUUCUGCUGAGGGUGCCAGUACGUCUAAGGCGACAACAUUCAUAGACGAUUGCGAUGAAGGUGAAAAACGGCUCCCCAAAGAGAAACGGAAUCGUGGAGAACAUAGAAAUAAAAAUGACAGAGGAAAAUCCGACAAAAGCCACAGCAUGGAACUGUCAUCUUCUUUGCAAGUUAAAUCAGACCCUUCGGAUAUAUAUAUAAAUUUUCACUCUAUUCAUGCUCCUCAGCCGAAAUACAAGACUCACAUUGAACGUCUUAGCAAAGAACAUGAAGAGAUAAUGGCGAAGAGCGUGAUCACCCCAGACUUUGAAAAGAAAGAUGCCAUUCCUACUAAUGAGGAAGGAUUUAGAAGAAAGCAGAAAGAACGGAAGAAAGCACGAGAACAGACCAAGGGGCGGGGCUGGUAUAACAUGCCGAUAGGUGAGCUGACAGAAGAGAAGAAGAACGAUCUCAUUGCACUGAAAAUGAGACGAGCCCUUGAUCCCAAGAGGUUUUACAAAGGGGACGACAUCAAGGGAUUGCCCAAGUAUUUCCAGUUUGGCACCGUGGUUGAGGAUGCAAGCGAGUUCUACAGUGCUCGAAUUCCCAAGAAGCAGCAGAAGACGUCCAUUGUUGAGGAGCUGAUGGCAGAUGCAGAGUUCAGAAAAUAUAAUAAACGGAAAUAUGCUGAGGUUCAAGACCUCAAGGCGAAAGGGCUUGGGCCAUAUAAGGGCAUCCGAACUACGAAAAUAAAGAGGAAGAAGAGGAAGUGAACAUUACAGUGACAUUUUCGGUGCAGAUAUUCUACUUGUGAAAUAAAUGUAUUUACAAACA